UCACUUACUUCCGGGUGUCAGCUGUGCGUACAUUUUUUUGCAAUGAGUUUUGAGUGGCCUUGGCAGUAUAAUUUCCCUCCGUUUUUUACGUUACAACCCAAUGUUGACACCAGACAGAAACAGCUUGCAGCAUGGUGCUCCCUUGCUCUCUCCUACUGCCGCCAUCACAAGCUCUACACUUUGGACAUCAUGGAAGUCCAAGAGUGCCCUGUGUUCAACCACAAGAAUAUUGAUAGUAUCCUUUUAUUCACCGUGUUCUAAGUUUCACUUACUGACAUAUGUCAUAAAUCUAACCAACCCGAAAAAAACACGAGGCCAUCUCUGGAUCUACUGUCCUGUUAUUUGGUGUUGGAUAGUGACUUUGAAGCUAUGGAAAGGGAACCUGGAAUGGUUAGACAAGAACAAGACACAGUGUCUAGUCAUGUGGAGGAGGCCAGAGGAAUGGGGCAAACUAAUUUACCAGUGGGUCUCUAAAAACGGUAUGGUCAAUACGGUGUUUACACUCUACGAGCUCGCCAACGGUGACGACACAGAAAGCGAAGAAUUCCAUGGGCUGGAGGAGUGGAUGCUGAUUCGCUCGCUGCAGGCCCUGCAGACGGACGGCAAGGCAGAGGUCAUCACCAUGGAUGACGGGAAGGGGGUCAAGUUCUUCUGAAGUAGCAUUGCAUUGUGGGAUUGACCAAGGUCUCAACUCAGAUUGGGAACCUUUAAUCCUUAUAGACUGUGAGGGUUCUGCUAGCCUGUUCCCAAAUCUGUUUGUGUUGUCCUGCUAACUCAUGUGGUCAUUGGUGUGACACAGGAUGUGGCAAGACAGUGCAAACAGAUCUGGGACCAUGUUAAUAGGGAUACUGCUGUUUAAAAGGCUAUUAUUUGCACCUUUGCACCCAAUCCACCUGCUUGAUGAGAAUAAUAGUCCAUUUUUGGUUCCUCAUAAAUUUAAAGCAUUUUCUUAUUGGAAGAGAACCAAUCUAGAUAGUAAAUUUACAUUUGAGUAAUUUAGCAGACGCUAUUAUCCAUUUGCAGGAGCAGUUUAGGAGAUGACUUUAGUUUGACUACUGUGGUAGUUACCUGGGACUUUUGAUGUGGGCAGGUGUUCUGACAGACAUGUGUCUCAUAAUUCAGGGGAGCCAGUCCUAUACAUGUUUAGGUAUUCUUGGAGAGAAACUUUCCCCACAAUCUAUCUUCCCCUUACUGUUUUCUUCUGUUUUGUAUUUAGAACUCAUUUUUAUUCUUACCUUCCUGGUUAAUAAGAAAUACUUGCAGUGAUGUGGUGGUGGUGCGGCAGAGCUGGGGACUUCUGCCCGCCUGUUUUAUUGCUGUUCCUCUUUACCAGAAAUUCCAGUCAAGACACCCUAGAUACAUUUGGGGAGUUUGAAAACCCCAGGAAGAGGAAACAGAAUCUUGGUUUAGUUCAGCUGUUAUAAUGGUGCUGGAUGUCUCAUGCAUAGACUGACUGCUGUAAACCCUUAGUACAGAACCUAUGACACUGUCUCUGUGUUCUAUUGAACCUCUUUUUUUAAAUGUAUUUUUACUAGUGGAAUACUGUAAGAAAUAAAUUGAGUAGAUAUUGAGUC